UCUAAACAUUCAGAAAAACAAAAAAUAAAUAAAUCAAUCUUCCACCGGCCACCUUAUUUCUCCCCCACUCAUUUGCUUAUGGGGAUCAAUGGUAAGCUCACAAGGCUGCUGUUGCAGGAAAUAAGCAGAAGAAAAUGUCAUGAUUUCCUUCAAAGAACUGCUAAUUAUUCAAGAGAUCCAAGUCCAGGUGCAUUCCAUCGAAGGCCAUACUCAAAGUCUAGAGCUUCAGUACUGGAAGAGGUGUUUGAAGCGGAUGUCCCAGAAGAAAGAAGCUCUGUCUGCAUUUACAAGGUUCCAGCUAAUAUGCGACGGGUGGAAAGAAAGGCUUAUGAACCAAACAUCGUCUCCAUCGGUCCAUACCAUCAUCGAGUAGAGCGGCUGCAAGACUCGGAAGAGCUCAAACAGAAAUUUGUUCGCCGCCUCUUUGAUCGAAGCCGCAAGAAUUAUGAAGUACUCGAGUUUGAGCUUAUGAAGGAUGCCAUGGGGAAACUGGAGGAAGAAGCUCGAAUCUGCUAUGGGGAAGAAAUCAAACUAGGAAGUGAGGAAUUUGUCGAGACGAUGGUUAUUGAUGGCUGCUUCGUUGUUGAGCUGUUGAGAGAGGCAUGGCAGCACAAGCUACGUGGACACCCAAUACCUUUCAUCAAAAGAUGGAUGUUGCCCGCUCUUCGUCGCGAUCUGAUCAUGCUUGAAAACCAGCUCCCACUCUUUGUUCUGACUAAAUUAUUUGAAAUGACAAGCAGCACUCCUGCUGGAUUAGCGCCAUCUUUGCAACAGUUUGCACUUCACUUCUUUAAUCCUUUAUUGCAAAGAGGUUGGGAAGCACCACCUCCAAAGAGCAGUAGUGCAACUGAAGUAGUCUUCGAAGCAAGGCACUUGCUUGAUCUUUUCCGCUCUAGCACUCUCCCGAUCGAACUGGCAAGAGGGAAACAACCCAACAUGAUCCGUUCAAUAACAGAGCUAAAAGAAGCGGGCGUCAAAGUUCAGAGAGCAAAACAUCUCAAGCCACUUGACAUAACAUACGAGGAAAGUGUGCUGAAGAUCCCUCCUCUUUACAUCGACGAUUACAAGGGCACUGUGUUUCGCAACAUGGCGGCAUUUGAGAAAUGCCACGACAGUUGCCAUCCAGACGUCACAACGUACUUGUUUUUCUUCGACGGACUCAUUAACUCGGCCAAGGACGUGGGACUUCUCCAUUGUGAUGAAGUUCUUCACCAUUCUCUGGGCAGCAACAAAGAGGUUGCGAAACUUGUAAACAAGAUCUGCAAGGAGAUUGAUAUGGAUGCAGAUGAGUCAUAUCUAUUCAUGGUGGUGGAUGACGCCAACUCUUUCUUCGGUUCUCCUUAUGGGAAAGCGAGAGCCGGAUUGGUGCGGCACUACUUCAGCAGUUGGCUGGUAGGGAUCUCAACUCUGGGUGCAGUUUUUGCUGUUUAUCUCACCCUGAUUCAGACUGCCUCCGGAGUGGCAGGCGCCCUGGAUCCCUUGAAAGAUGUCAACUUCUGCUCGCAUCUGAAAGAUUCCUUGUUGCUUCCUUUCUUUGGUACCAAAUAAACCUCGCUCGGCCGGAGGAAAUGAAUCCUUGGCGUAACCAGCUAGCUAGCUAGCAGGACCCUCGAAGGAA